AUGUUAUCGCGCUCUCCUCCUCCUUUCGGGGACUCGUCACAGGCUGAUAGCACUAGCACAGGCUACAUUACAAGGAGGAGGCAGCUGGUGAAUAGGAGCAGAGUAGCAUUGGCACAUGUUAACCCCUUAAGCCAAGGAGGCAGCCUGCCACAUGACUUCCCUCAGUCAAAGCAGAUUGUGAACACUGUGCCACCUGGGUCAACACAAACACUUCCCCACCUUACUGCCUCCAUCCCUCCAGUGGUGGGGAACGGUCAGCUGAUUGCAGCUUCGCAGCAGCCCGUGGGCACUGUGCAACCCCCUGCUGCUCAACCACCUCCACAACAGACACCCGCCCCGCAGUUGGUCCAGGUCGUGUCGCAGCUGGUGCAGUCCACCGGCACUAGUCUCAUACAGCAGACCCAGGGGCAGCAGCUCGCCUCUCAACCCUCCAUGGAGCAGCAUUCACAGAUCGGCAGUCAAGGCUGCGGCACCCAGUUUGUGAUCUCAUCAAACGUGCCUCCUAACCUUCAGAGUGAUCCUCAGUCCAGUUUGAUCCAGAACAGCUCGAAGGAGCCCGGGCAUGCGGUGAGCACCCUGCCCUCUGCGAUGCCCAGACCGCAGGAGGAUGCCCAGCUCCUGUUACAGCACCCAACUCUGCUCACACAAACCAAGCCUGCCGGUGGUGAAGUUGCCUCCCAGGCCGGCACCUCCCGUGGUCCAGAGGGAAGCAGUGGAGUCAAUGCCUUAACUGCCUCAGCCAGCCUGCUGAAGAGCUUACCUGUGGAUGGAGAAGAAGAUGGCUCGUCGGGUGCCAGUGUUGUGGCUAUAGACAACAAAAUUGAACAGGCGAUGGAUCUGGUGAAGAGUCACCUGAUGUACGCGGUCCGUGAAGAGGUGGAGGUGUUGAAAGAACAGAUUAAGGAACUGAUUGAGAGAAACUCUCAGCUGGAGCAGGAAAACAACCUGCUGAAGAACCUGGCCAGUCCGGAGCAGCUCGCACAGUUCCAGGCGCAGGUCCAGAGCGGCUCGCCCCCGUCGGCCCCGCUCGCAGCACAGAACUCUGGCCCGUCGGCGUAGCUCCGAACGACAGUUCCUGUUCCUGUGGCUGGAAACGGACUGAAGCUUCUGAACAAACAUGCCUCGCUCACAUGUUAGACUGACAGAAUUUGCACACCUCUCAAAACUUGACAAUGUCGAGGUGAUUUACACACCAGUGACAAUCCAGUUGGCCGAGGCGGGACGUUGCCAAACUCCACGGAGUGCGAUUGUCAGGAAAACAAUCCUGGAGGACGCGAUAUAAAGAAUCAAUGUGCCUGUGUCUAAAGUCCCGUUGGUUUUCGGUCAAGGCUGUUUUCCGUGUCUCCCUUACCUUUUGUGUAGUGUACAUGCUGACGGCGGUCUGUUUAGACUGCGGGCUUCUUCGGAAGCAAGCACUUUUAUGGUGACGAUUGUGAUGAGACUUCGAAGAGCUGCCGAUCUGUGCCCCGGCUGGCAUGGGGAAGGCAGACGCAUCGACUUGCUUAGUUGCAUUGGUGUAAUCAUGAUACUUGUUUUGGAAUGAAGAAAACGACGAGGAGGUAUGAGCCUUCAAAUCCUCAUUCGUUCCCUGUGCAGUGAGGAUGACGGAUGAGCUGAAUUGCGAGGUGGACAGGCUGUAUAUUAUUGUAUGAUUAGUGUAAGUAUUUUGUAAAAUAGCGAUAUCAUGUGAAGCGGCUAAAGAGACACUAUAUAGGUUGUACAGAUUUAAGGGGUUAGCGAGGUAGUUGGCUUACCCAGGAGGCGGCGUCAUCCUUUUUUAAAAAAAUUUUUUAAUGCUGUUAAGCAGGAUCGGUCUUACGAUAUUUAUCUGGCAGAUGGAAACUACUCAUCUAACACCUACUGUACACUACUUUUUUGUUCACUUGAGAUGAUUUUGAAGUAUUACACCCAUGUGAUUUCUGUUUUCAGUUUGAGCAGUGAAGUAUUCUGGAUCUUUUAACUUGCAUUUACUCUCGACUAUCAUAUAGCUGACAUGGAUUUGCAUUGUGUACAACUUGUAUGCUUCUGUUAUCUGUGCAUGUUCUCAAAACCAGGAGAUAAGUUGUAAAAUACUGUAAUUGCACUUGCCAGUUGCGCUUCACAACUCUCAAUAAAGUCAUGUUUGUGAAAACCCUU